AUGAAAUUCAAGAAGCUCACCAAUGCCCAAAGAUCUGGUUUGAAUCAAAUUCCGAACCGUCGUUUCACUCUUUGGUGGUCCCCGACUAUCAACCGUGCGAACGUCUACGUCGGUUUCCAGGUUCAAUUGGAUCUUACUGGUAUCUUCCUACACGGUAAAAUCCCAACUCUGAAGAUCUCAUUGAUUCAGAUUUUCCGUGCCCAUUUGUGGCAGAAGAUUCACGAGUCCGUUGUUAUGGAUUUGUGCCAGGUUCUGGAUCAGGAAUUGGAACAGCUUGGCAUCGAAGCAGUUCAGAAGGAAACCAUUCACCCGCGUAAAUCUUACAAGAUGAACAGCUCUUGCGCUGAUAUCCUGCUUUUCGCGACCAACAAGUGGAACAUCACCCGGCCUUCCCUGGUAUUCGACACGAAGGAUGUCUAUGAACCCAAUACGACCAAUAAGUUCUGGUUGGAUGUCCAGCUGAGAUAUGGUGACUACGAUUCUCACGAUAUUGAACGAUACGUGCGGGCCAAAUACCUCGAUUACACCUCCGAUAGCAUGAGCAUUUAUCCUUCCAGCACUGGUCUGAUGAUUGGUGUCGAUCUUGCAUACAAUCUCUUCUCAGCCUACGGACAAUACUUCCCCGGUCUGAAGACUCUGAUCCAGCAAGCCAUGGCCAAGAUCAUGAAGGCCAACCCGGCUUUGUAUGUCUUGCGUGAACGUAUUCGCAAGGGUCUGCAACUCUACGCCUCUGAGAGCAACCAGGAAUUCCUUAAUUCCCAGAAUUACUCCGAGCUCUUCAGUCCUCAGAUUCAGUUGUUCAUUGACGACACUAAUGUCUACCGUGUCACGAUCCACAAGACAUUUGAGGGUAACUUGACCACGAAGCCCAUCAACGGUGCAAUCUUCAUUUUCAAUCCUCGCACCGGACAACUCUUCCUGAAAAUCAUUCACACCAGUGUCUGGGCAGGCCAGAAGCGUCUGGGUCAAUUGGCCAAAUGGAAGACAGCCGAAGAAGUGGCAGCUCUGAUUCGUUCUCUUCCAGUGGAAGAACAACCCAAGCAGCUCAUUGUAACUCGUAAGGGUCUUCUUGACCCUCUCGAGGUUCAUUUGCUUGAUUUCCCCAAUAUCUCCAUCCGUGCCUCAGAGCUUCAGCUGCCCUUCCAGGCUGCGAUGAAGGUCGAAAAGCUGGCCGAUAUGAUUCUCCGUGCGACCGAACCCCAGAUGGUGCUCUUUAACUUGUAUGACGAGUGGCUCAAAUCCAUCUCGCCUUACACUGCUUUCUCUCGUCUUAUUCUCAUUCUCCGAGCCCUCCACGUCAAUAUUGACAAGGCUAAGAUCAUUCUUCGUCCUGACAAGACGGUCAUCACUCAGGAGCACCACAUCUGGCCCUCUCUCUCUGAUGAGGAUUGGAUCAAGGUUGAAGUGCAACUGCGUGAUUUGAUCUUGAAUGACUACGGCAAGAAGAACAAUGUGAAUGUGCAGAGCUUGACCAGCAGUGAAGUCCGUGACAUCAUUUUGGGUAUGGAGAUUAGCGCGCCUUCUCUGCAGCGACAGCAGGCGGCAGAGAUUGAGAAGCAGCAGGAGGAGCAAAAGCAGCUCACUGCCGUGACCACCAAGACCCAGAACGCCCGUGGUGAGGAUAUUAUUGUCACUACCACAUCUCAGUAUGAACAGCAAUCCUUUGCGUCGAAAACUGAGUGGCGUACUCGUGCGAUUGCGACGUCCAACCUCCGCACCCGGUCCAACAACAUCUAUGUCUCUUCUGAUGACAUCCGGGAAGACGGAUACACCUACAUCAUGCCCAAGAACGUCCUCAAGCGAUUCAUCACCAUUGCCGAUCUUCGGGUGCAGGUUACGGGUUAUAUUUACGGUAGCUCUCCGCCGGACAACGACCAAGUCAAGGAGGUUCGCACUAUUGUUAUGAUUCCUCAAGUUGGCAACACCCGGGAUGUCCAACUCCCUCACCAGCUACCCCAGCAUGACUACCUCCAGAACCUGGAGCCACUGGGUGUGAUCCACACGGUUUCAGGAAAUGAGCCGCCUUACAUGUCUGCAGCCGAUGUCACACAUCAUGCUCGACUCAUGAACGCGCACCCCUCUUGGGAUAAGAAGACCGUGACCAUGACCGUCUCCUUCACCCCUGGAUCCGUUUCCCUUGCCGCUUGGGGUCUGACUCCCUCAGGUUACAAGUGGGGUGCAGAGAACAAGGAUACGACCUCGGAUCAGCCACAGGGCUUCUCUACCAACAUGGGAGAGAAGUGUCAACUGUUGCUGAGUGACAAGAUCCGCGGUUAUUUCUUGGUGCCCGAAGACAACCUUUGGAACUACAGCUUCAUGGGUAGUUCCUUUGGCAGCGUGGAGAAGCGGCCUGUCUACGUUAAGAUUGACACCCCGCUCAAGUUCUACGAUGACCAACACCGUCCCCUACACUUCCAAAACUUUGCCGAGUUGGAAGACAUUUGGGUGGACCGGUCCGACAACUUUGCGUAA